ACCAAGCUAGUUAUGGAACAAGCCCGACAAGACGGUUCUUCCGGUAUAGGACUUCUUCUGGAUCAGGAGAAAGCCUACGACAGAGUCCGUCCUGAAUACCUUCGUCAGGUCCUACAGCAUUUCGACUUUCACCCUUCCCUCGUCACCCGCAUAUCUCAACUUUUCUUUUCUACACAGAUUCAAAUCAAUGUCAAUGGACAUCUAUCC